GUGUGUGUGUGUGUGUGUGUGUGUGUGUGUGUGUGUGUGUGUGUGUGUAGACCAGUGUCUGGACCAGCAGGGCGUAAAGAACCAUAGUAAGAUGAUGGUGCUGAAGGUCAGUGACGCCGAGUGGAAACUCCAGCUGAGUGAGGAAGAGGAGAAGAAGAAGAACCAGAAGGAGAGUCUGCAGAGGACCCAGAAGGGGUUCCAGAUCCUGUCAGAGAGAGGUGCUAUAUAUACACAUACAGACGGCAGUGAAGACUCCUCCCCUUUCCUGGAGAUCGCUGACCAGAGAGGAAACCCUCUGAAGAUCCCCCCCCAGGAGAAGAAGGCUCUGAUCCUGGCGAUGGGUUUCCAUGAGAAGGGUCGUUCUCUGAUGAAGAAGAAGCAGUUUGACAACGCUCUGUGUCACCUGCUGCAGGCCGACCAGCAGUUCAGUCGGUGUGGUUCUGCUCUGCUGGCAUCGGUGGAUAACUUCGCCGUCCUGCAGCUGGAUGUGGUCUGGUGCUACAGAGCUCUGGAGGCUCUGUCCUGUCUGGACGAUGGACGCAGUCGACUGCAGAUAGCUGAGGACUGUUUCCUACGCUGCUACGGAGAGAGGCAGCAGAGGCUGCUCAUGAUCAAGGUCAGAGUCAUAGAGACCUUCACUUAGGUCACACUUAUAACAAUAGAAACAUUCACUUAGGUCACACUUAUAACAAUAGAGACAUUAACUUAGGUCACAUUUAAAACAACAGAGAUCUUCACUUAGGUCACAUUUAAAACAAURGAGACUUUCACUUAGGUCACACUUAUAACAAUAGAGACAUUCACUUAGGUCACACUUAAAACAACAGAGAUAUUCACUUAGGUCACAUUUAUAACAAUAGAGACAUUCACUUAGGUCACACUUAUAACAAUAGAGACAUUCACUUAGGUCACACUUAUAACAACAGAGAUAUUCACUUAGGUCACAUUUAUAACAAUAGAGACCUCCACUUAGGUCACAUUUAUAACAAUAGAGACCUCCACUUAGGUCACAUUUAAAACAACAGAGAUAUUCAUUUAGGUCACAUUUAAAACAAUAGAGACUUUCACUUAGGUCACAUUUAAAACAAUAGAGACUUUCAUUUAGGUCACAUUUAAAACAAUAGAGACUUUCACUUAGGUCACAUUUAUAACAAUAGAGACCUUCACUUAGGUCACAUUUAUAACAGACACAUUCACUUAGGUCACAUUGAAAACUAACCUCUCAGACAGAGUUUGUUGUUGUUCUUAUUGUGUGUGUGUGUGUGUGUGUGUGUGUGUGUGUGUGUGUGUGUGUGUGUGU